AUGGCUCCUCCUCCUCAACCUGGUCAAAAGAGAAACCCCCUCAAGGCUAUUAUUUCUGGUGGUAUUACUGGUGGUAUUGAAAUCUGUAUUACUUAUCCUACUGAAUUCGUCAAGACUAAGAUGCAACUCUAUCCCCAUCUUGCUAAGAAGGGUGCUAUCUAAUGUGCUAAGGACACUAUUCACUAAUACGGUGUUGUUGGUUUAUACAAGGGUCUCUCUGCUUUAUUGACUUUUUCCAUCCCCAAAACUGCAGUCAGAUUCGGUUCCAAUGAAGCUUUAAAAAACAAUGUUUUCAAGGAAAAAAAUAGAGUUAAUACAUUCAUGGCUGGUUUGGGAGCUGGUGUCUGUGAAGCUAUUGUCGUCGUUACCCCUGCUGAAACCUUAAAGGUUAAAUUGAUCCACGACAAGCUCUUAGAAUAACCCAAGUACAAAGGUAUGAUCGAUGGUAUCAAAACUAUUGCUUCCCAACAAGGUCUUUCAGGCCUUUACAAAGGUUUAACUCCUACUAUCAUUAAGCAAGGUUCAAACCAAGGUAUCCGUUUCUUAGUUUAUGAAGACUCAAAGAAACUUCUCAAGAGUGUUGGUACUACUGAUGUUUUAGCAACCUUAUUAGCUGGUGGUGUUGCUGGUGCUGCUUCUGUUUUCGCUAAUACUCCUGUUGAUGUCAUUAAAACCCUCAUGCAAGGUUUAGAAGCUCAUAAAUAUAAAAACUCCCUUGACUGCUUCUUCUAAGUCUUAAAGAACGAAGGUGUUAGAGGUUUAUAUAAGGGUACUCUUCCCAGAUUAUCAAGAGUCGUCUUAGAUGUUGCUAUCACUUUCACUCUUUACGAAUAAAUUACUAAAGCCAUUAACUACGUAUGGCCCGAAAAGCAUUGA